AUGAACUUGGCAUCGCCCACCACGAGCACGUCCACAAACCGGGGCGGUCGUCCCAAGGAGUGGACAGAACCUCGAGCUCGAAGGUUGGUGCGGCUGUACAUAUAUACGAGACUCCCUUUAGAGCUUAUACUGAAGCUCUUAGAAGAGGGUCUCUGGAAGCCUGGGUAUGAUGCCGCCAACAAGGUGAAAAACUCGCUCCUCGGGAAUGACCCUCGAUGGAUCCGACCAAAGGACGAGGAAGAUGAGAAACGACGUCUCGCAUCCUUGAAGAAUAGUCGACGAGAUACCCGGCUUCGCUCCCAGCAAUCCGCCAAGGAUCACGACGACGCCCACCUUUACGGAUAUCGCGAUGACGAUAGCCUAACGCUUGCUCAAUCGCACCUAGACUCCUACGAGAAGUUCGACAUCCACCCACCCAUGGGGCACAUGCCGCAAGAGACGAUAGACCUGACGGUCGACAUCGGGGUCGGGGUUCCCAGCAGCGGUCAUGACUAUCCUAGCAGCCAGCGGUUCGCUCCGUUUAUUCCAGGCGAUGCCGACGCGGCUCGCCGAGGCACCGGACUGACCAAUUCUACCGAGACCAGCGUGAGCAGCAGCUUCCGGACAAAGCUCUCUACCAUCCCGCGGGAUCAGGUCAAGGGGGCUUGGCGCGUCUUGAAACGAUACACUCUCCCCAAACACCACGACCUAGGAGGGCGGGGCACGCCCUUUUUUCCUACCGAGCCGCCUGCCCAAUCUGCCCGCAGGGAGUCGUAUAACUUCGGCGGAUCAAGUCUCGACUCGUCCUUCGCCGGGUACGCCGUCCCGGGCGACUUCCUGACCCCGGACGUAUUCGUCAGGGCAAGCCGCUGUGACGUUCAAUCCAUAUCGCACAGGACAAAGACGUGCUGGUGUCGGAUUGCCGACCAGCUGCGCGGGGUUCAGAACACUUGGGCGUCUAGUAGUCGCUCCGUCUCCUACAACAUUUCCGACAACGUCUACCAGAGCAUGGACGCCUUCGGCAACACAGCGUUCCAUUUCCUCGCCGCCUCAGAAGGGCCGCAUACCCGCUUCGUCGACCUCAUCACUCAGGCACUGGCGUACCCGCACUUCCCGGUCCGUGCUGCAAAUACGGCUGGGCAAACCUUCCUCCACGUGCUGCACCAGUCAUGGUUUGAUGACGAGUCCUCCCUCGACGGGCUCCUCCACGUUCUUAAGGAUGCCGGUUUCGACCUCCUCGCAACGGACGUCUACGGGCGCAGCUUCUUCCAUCUCCUUCAGAACAUGAAGCAGGGCUCUGCCAGGGUCCCGUCACAUCUGCUCGACUGGGGCCUGCUCCGCCGUCGGGACGCCUUCGGUGUGAGGCCCAUGGAAAGUCGACCGGUGCCCGCCCCCUCCACCUUCGCUACGCAGGGGGCGAUGCAGCUCGACGUGCCCUCCAUGUCCGAGGAGGAGUCCCGAAUCCGAUCACAUUACGAGCUAUUGCGCAUCGUCACCGACGCCAUCAAGGUCGACGACAGCCUCGCCAGCACAGCCCCACGGUCGGAGGACGCCCGGGGGCGAAACGCGCUCCACUGCCUCGCGGAGGUCGAGCUAGAGCUCAGCCGCAUCCAGGACUCGACACACCACGACGGAGGUAGCAGCGCUGGCGGAGGCAAUCAGCGGCAGCGCAAGCGAAAAUUCAAGGAAGAGGACGAGGACGUCUCCGUCACCAGACUCGAAGGCGGCGGCGAUCACCAGCACCCGCAGGAGCCGUACCGAUCUGGCAGCAAGAGACUCGACUACCUCGAAGGGCUGCUGCACGCGGGCAUCGACCCGAACCACUACGACGGGUCCGGGCAGACGCCGCUGAUGGCGUUCAUCCGGUACCGAGGGGAGGACUCGCGGGCGGACAAGGAGGAGAUGGAGCGGGCGGUGCAGAUGCUAGUGGAGGGGGGCGCGCGGCUGGAGCAGCGGAACGCGGCGGGCGAGACGGCGCUGCACGUGGCGGCGCGGUCGGGCAAGAAGGUGGCGCUGUGCAAGCUGCUGCAGCUGAGAGCGUGCCCGCACGUGCGGGACGGGCGCGGGGCUUCGGUGCUGGCGGCGAUCGACGACCUCUGGGAGCACACCGAGGGCGACGGGGCGCUGACGGCGCGCCUUGAGGCCUGCCGCGCCGUCUUCGCCAGCCUCGCGCGCGGCGCCACCUUCGAGCCCUCGGUGUUCCAAGAGUGGGGGGUCGCCAGCCCAGCCGUUCCGCUGCCGGGACAGACGCGGUAG